GCCGCUCCGCGCGCAGCCGGCUCGGGCCGCUCCUCCCGACUGAGGCGCGGCGGCGGGGGCGGUGACCGCGCGGACGGAGCCGGGACGCUCGCGCCGGGGGCUCAGGGCGCCGCCGCCGCUGGGCCCCGGGCGCGUGGAUGCGGCUGGGUCGGGCGGCGCCGCACACCUGAGGCGACGAGCGGGGCGCGGCGCGGGCGGCGCUGUCAGGGCCGCGGCUUCCGACGCCGAGGCGCGCUCGCCGGGACGGGCCGGGCAGUGAUUUGAGGCUCCGGGUUCACCUUCACCCAUGGCCCGGAGAGCCUAGUGGGCCCUGGCCGCCGCCUCCCGCCUCCCCUGCCCUGCCUCCUUCCUUUCGGCGCCGCAUCCUGCCAUCCUCCCCGCCUGGCCAGCGCCGGGCAACCGCCUCGCCCGGAGCCCUCCCUCGUUACUGCCCGCGUCCCCCGGCGCCGCCGCCGCGGGAAGCGGCUCCCCCUCCCCUUCCUCCGCGUCCUCUUCCCCGUCUCCCCCGCCGGGGCCGCUUGUUGCACCGCCCCGCGGCCUGCGGGAGCCGCUCGCCCCGGCCCCGGCCUUUUGCUCGCGUCCGCGCUCCCUUCUUCUCGCCCCCGGGGCCCGCACCCCAGCCCGGCCGGCGAGACCCAGGCCCGACCCCGUCGCCCGCACAAAAUGUCGGCCCGGACGCCAUUGCCGACGGUGAACGAGCGGGACACGGAAAAUCACACAUCUGUGGAUGGGUAUACUGAACCACACAUCCAGCCUACCAAGUCAAGUAGCAGACAGAACAUCCCCCGGUGUAGAAACUCCAUUACGUCAGCAACAGAUGAACAACAGCCUCAUAUUGGAAAAUACCGUUUACAAAAAACAAUAGGGAAGGGAAAUUUUGCCAAAGUGAAAUUGGCAAGACAUGUUCUAACUGGUAGAGAGGUUGCUGUGAAAAUAAUAGACAAAACUCAGCUAAAUCCUACCAGUCUACAAAAGUUGUUUCGAGAAGUACGAAUAAUGAAGAUAUUGAAUCAUCCUAACAUAGUAAAAUUGUUUGAAGUUAUUGAAACAGAGAAGACCCUCUAUUUAGUCAUGGAGUACGCGAGUGGGGGUGAAGUAUUUGAUUACUUAGUUGCCCACGGAAGAAUGAAAGAGAAAGAGGCCCGUGCAAAAUUUAGGCAGAUUGUAUCUGCUGUACAGUAUUGUCAUCAAAAGUGCAUUGUUCACCGUGAUCUUAAGGCUGAAAACCUUCUCCUUGAUGCUGAUAUGAAUAUUAAAAUUGCUGACUUUGGUUUUAGUAAUGAAUUUACAGUUGGGAACAAAUUGGACACAUUUUGUGGAAGCCCACCCUACGCCGCUCCUGAGCUUUUCCAAGGAAAGAAGUACGAUGGGCCUGAAGUGGAUGUGUGGAGUCUGGGCGUCAUUCUUUAUACAUUAGUCAGUGGCUCCUUGCCUUUUGACGGCCAAAAUUUAAAGGAACUGCGGGAACGAGUCUUAAGAGGGAAGUACCGUAUUCCCUUCUAUAUGUCCACCGACUGUGAAAAUCUUCUGAAGAAAUUAUUAGUGCUAAAUCCAAUAAAGAGAGGCAGCUUGGAACAAAUAAUGAAAGAUCGAUGGAUGAAUGUUGGUCAUGAGGAAGAAGAACUAAAGCCAUAUACUGAGCCUGAUCCAGAUUUCAAUGACACAAAAAGAAUAGACAUUAUGGUCACCAUGGGUUUUGCACGAGAUGAAAUAAAUGACGCCUUAAUAAACCAGAAAUAUGAUGAAGUUAUGGCUACCUAUAUUCUUCUAGGCAGAAAACCACCUGAAUUUGAAGGCGGUGAGUCAUUAUCCAGUGGAAACUUGUGUCAGAGAUCCCGGCCCAGUAGUGACUUAAACAACAGCACUCUUCAGUCCCCUGCUCACCUGAAGGUCCAGCGAAGCAUUUCUGCAAAUCAGAAGCAGCGGCGUUUCAGUGAUCAUGCUGGUCCAUCCAUUCCUCCUGCUGUAUCAUAUACCAAAAGACCUCAGGCUAACAGCGUGGAAAGUGAACAGAAAGAGGAGUGGGACAAAGAUGUGGCUCGAAAACUCGGCAGCACAACAGUUGGAUCAAAAAGCGAGAUGACCGCAAGCCCUCUUGUAGGGCCAGAGAGGAAAAAAUCUUCAACUAUUCCAAGUAACAACGCAUAUCCUGGAGGUAGCAUGGCAAGAAGGAAUACCUAUGUUUGUGAAAGGACCACGGAUCGAUACAUGGCAUUACAGAAUGGAAAAGACAACAGCCUUACAGAGAUGUCUGUGAGUAGCAUUCCUUCCGCAGGCUCUUCUGUGGCCUCUGCUGUCCCCUCAGCACGACCCCGCCACCAGAAGUCCAUGUCCACUUCUGGUCAUCCCAUUAAAGUCACACUGCCAACCAUUAAAGACGGCUCUGAAGCUUAUCGGCCUGGCAGUACAACCCAGAGAGUGCCUGCUGCUUCCCCAUCUGCUCACAGUAUUAGUGCUUCCACUCCAGACCGGACCCGGUUUCCCCGAGGGAGUUCCAGUCGAAGCACUUUCCAUGGCGAACAGCUUCGGGAGCGACGCAGCGCAGCUUAUAACGGGCCACCUGCUUCACCGUCCCACGAAACGGGCGCAUUUGCACACGCCAGAAGGGGAACGUCAACUGGUAUAAUAAGCAAAAUCACAUCCAAAUUUGUUCGCAGGGAUCCAAGUGAAGGCGAAGCCAGUGGCAGAACCGACACCUCAAGAAGUACAUCAGGGGAACCAAAAGAAAGAGACAAGGAAGAGGGUAAAGAUUCCAAACCGCGUUCUUUGCGGUUCACGUGGAGUAUGAAGACCACUAGCUCAAUGGACCCUAAUGACAUGAUGAGAGAGAUCCGAAAAGUAUUAGAUGCAAAUAACUGUGAUUACGAACAAAAGGAGAGGUUUUUGCUUUUCUGUGUCCAUGGAGAUGCUAGACAGGACAGCCUCGUGCAGUGGGAGAUGGAAGUCUGCAAGUUGCCACGGCUGUCACUCAAUGGGGUCCGCUUCAAGCGAAUAUCUGGGACAUCAAUUGCCUUUAAGAACAUUGCAUCCAAAAUAGCAAAUGAGCUUAAGCUGUAAAGAAAUCCAAAUUUACAGGAUCAGGGAAGACACAUCCAUAUAAGAGGUACAGUUUUUGAAUGUACUGGUAAUGCCGAAUGUGGUCCACCUGUGAAUCUCCCCAUGUAGAAUCUGCCCUUAACGCAAUAAGGUUAUACAUAGUUAUGAACUGUAAAAUUAAAGUCAGUAUGAACUAUAAUAAAUAUCUGUAGCUUAAAAAGUAGGUUCACAUGUACAGGUAAGUAUAUUGUGUAUUUCUGUUCAUUUCUGUUCAUAGAGUUGUAUAAUAAAACAUGAUUGCUUAAAAACUUGUAUAGUUGUCUAGAUUUCUGCACAUAAAUGUACAUUUGAUGCUUUGAGUUGAAAAUGUUCUUCCCUGUUAUUUACAUUCUGGUGGGUUUUUUAAAUUCUUACCUCCAUCUUGCAAUUUUGAAAAUUGUGUCCAGAAUUAAAAGUACACAGAAAUAGUCUUUACAAUUGUAGCAUGGACUUUUUAAAAUUAUUUUAAAAUCAUAUUUAAAUUUAAACCAGAAGCUGAUAAAUAGACCAGCUUUGUUAUACACAGAAUUACUCCUGCUUACCUUUGCUCUUAUCCUUGUUAUCAAACAAGGUUUCAUUGAGAAAGAUACAAAGGGUUUUACAGUGUUGGCACUUAGAGUUUUUAAAAUAAAGUAUGUGAAAAUAAACAAUAGCUUUUGUCUUGAGCUAACCAAGAAGUACUGGAGGUAAAGUUAAAUCUACAUCAAGUUUCUUUUGAACUUUGAAGUGUUUUCUGACCCUGCUAAUUGUAGCAGCAAAAUUAAAAAGAAACAAUACUUUGUCUGGCUAUUAUAAUGUAAACUGUCACUUAGGUUUGCUGCCUUCAGAAUACCGCAAUGUAAUUGCGGGAAUAUACUACUAUUGGGACUGUCUCAUAGCACAAACUCAUCUGUACAGUGUUGAUCAAUGCAUCAGUUAAGAAAUAAUGCCACCUCAGGAAUUAACUGGCAUUGGGAACAUUUGCCUCAUUCUCCUCCAUGCUCUUCAUCCACCCCUGCCGUUGUAAUAUCUGUAAGUACUUAAGAGACUUGUGAGCAAAACAUACUAUUUAUAACAGUGUAUUAUUGAUUUACGCUUACGUGGUUGUUCAGUUUGUUCCCAUGUAACAUUUGUUUUAAAUAUUUUGCCAGAUUUCUUGUAUUUAUUCCACAUCAUUAUGCCUAAAAUGUGCGGCUUUGUAAUUGGGCAUUUGCCUACCUUUCUUUCAUAAUUAGUGAUAUAUAUGCUAUGUAAAAUCACUAGUAAAGGUACAUUUUAAUACUUGUUAUUUUAUACUGAAUUAGCCUUGGAGGUUGACUGUGCAAUGUUAUUUAAUGUUGUAAUUACUGUAAUAUCCAAAUAUGGGCCCCAUCUGCACACUCCUGAGAAACAAAAAGUAUAUUCAAAUUUUAUCAGUUUAAGGAAAAAUAAAGCUGUGAUAAAUACUGUAAUUCUGACCUACAUUAGAAAGCUCUAAGUGUAGGUGAUGAGCCAUUCCAUAAUGGCUGCCAGGCUAGGAUGAAUUUUACAUUCUGUACUGUACUGUGAUGUAGCUUUCUUCUGUAACAGUUCUGUUCUAAAAUGAAGUGUAUUUUUGCCUUAGCAAAGGGUGGUGUUUGGAAAAAAAAAAAAAAACUGUGUAGCCCCUUUUUAACCUAGUGCUCAUUCAAAAAAAUUGAUGCAAAUCUUUAUUCACUUUCACUGGUGCACACUGAAAUUUUACUUGAACAGUUCUCAUAAUAAAGCACUUGUCUUUUGCUCUUUAUCAGGAUGUGAAUUACCUGUUUUCUGGUACAAAAGUAUUCUGUAUGAGGAGUUUAUGUGUUUUAAAUUUACUUGGCAAGGGGUGAAGCUAUGUUGGAUUUCAAGAUGCCAUUAUGACAAGAAAAUUUAAUCUUUUUAUAGGAGUUCCUAUGGUUGAAAUACUUUUUAAAAAAAUAGUCCUCAUGCCUUUUCCAAGGUAGAAAAUGAUAUUUUUUACAUUUUCUCACUCUGGCCAACUCUUCUGUGUUUGUGGAAAGGAAUUUUACAUCAAUAUUUUUUAUGAACUAAAACUGAAAUCUUGAUAUUCACUUUAGACUUUCCAUUUUAUGUGUUCAUGACAACAUAAAUAUUUUUUGAAGAUUUAGAGGAAUUUUCGACAUGUUUGCAUAAAUAAAUACCAGUUUAUGUUCACUGGCUAUGUGAUACCAGGAUUCCUUGGCUUCUGUUGAAAUAUUAUUUGGUAUGACAUCCCUUGUAUUAAAUUAUUUUGUA